AGGUGACAUACACGUUUCGAGCAUUUAAUCUUUAUAUUUUUCAAUUUAAAAUGAGAAAAAAGCAUUCAAAAAUGUGCUUCGGUGUAAAUAAAAAAGCUGGUGCCGUACGAAAGAGCAAUCACUUUGCCAAAAACAAUAAUUUUAUGCAGAGAAGCAGGACCAUGGAAAAAAAAAAUAGAACAGAAAUUAGUUUUCGGAAUGAAUUCAAUCAACUUCAAAUUGAUGUGGCUGAUCCUCCAUCAUUAAAUAAUGAAGAGACUGGAUUUUACGAACAGCUUGUGAAUGGCUACCAUGGAACCAAUUCAGCUAUAUCAGUAAAUGAACUCGACAAGUGUUUUCCAAUGCCUCGAGAAAAUAAAACUCGUAAUGAUAGUGAAGAUGUUAAGUAUGGUGAUCUUGAGCAGAAACCAUUUAAUACGUUUGCCAAACGUUUUAAUUACGAAAUUACGGCAGAUGAUAUUCCAAUAUUGACUGCAAGAAAAACAAAAACAAUAAAAUGUAAAUGGGCGGCACUUGGAAAUUUUAAAGUUGAAGUACCGGACAUCAACGCCAAUAAGAUAUUGAAGAGCGAGUAUAAGCCACGAAAAAAAAUUUCUUGUGCUGAGGAAUUUCAGAGUAUGGAAGUUAAAAGAUCUAUGUGUACAAAUGUCUCUUAUCCCUUAACCCAACUUCAAACGGAACUUUUUCAAAUCGUAAAUAAUUACCUGGAUUUAUAUUAUCCGCAACGAAUUCAUGAUAAUGCAGAAUCAAUACGCUACGUAUACUGCCUUCAUGCCUUGAAUCACAUGUUAAAGAGUAGAUCACUUAUUUUACGAAACAACGAGAAGGUAAAUGGACUUUCGAAAUCCACGAAACGUAAUCCAAAGGAUAUGGCAAUACCAGAUAGUUUUAGGGAUCAAGGUCUUUCACGCAUGAAGAUUCUUAUCGUUUUACCGUUUCGAGACUCAGUCUUAAAAACGGUAAACAUUAUGGCAAAGCUAUUGGAUGAAAGUAGUAAAGGCAAAUAUCACCAGAUAGCGAAGUAUGAACGAUUUUUGGCGGAUUUUUCUGGCAAUACUGUGUAUCUUCCGAAAACCAAUCCAAAGCCACAUGACUAUGAACAGACCUUCAGUGGCAACACAGACGAUAAUUUUAAAAUUGGCAUUCGACUGGCGAAAAAAACAUUAUCUCUAUAUACCGAUAUUAAUAAUUCGGAUAUACUGAUUGCAUCACCUCUGGCAUUGCGCAUGAUAAUUAAUGAUAAGGAUCAAAGCUUUGACUUUCUAAACUCAAUCGAGUUGCUUAUCAUUGACCAAGCAGAACUCUUUCUGGCACAAAAUUGGGAAAAUCUUAUAUACACACUGGAUCAUCUACAUCUACAACCACAAAGCUUGCCAGAUAUUGACUGUCAGCGGAUACGAGCCAGCUGCCUUAGCGGUACCUCGCGAUUCUAUCGACAAACAUUGUUUUUCUCUUCGCAUGAACUGCCCGAAUUUCGUGGACUGUUCAACAACAAGUGUGAUAACUACCAAGGCAAAGCUCGAAUUGCAAAUCAUAUCGAACACGGCGAUAUACGCAAUGUACUCACGCCAAUUCAGCAAAUUUUCCAACGCAUCGAUUGUUCAAGCGCUGAAUCUGCUUUCGAUGAUCGCUUUCAGUACUUUGUGCGAAAUAUUGUACCACAAUUUAGUAAAUCUAUAUAUUCGCAUUGCUUGCUUUAUGUGCCGAGCUACUUUGAUUAUAUACGCUUACGAAAUCAUUUCAAAAGCGAAAUGGUCAAUUUUGUUCAAAUUAGCGAGUACACGAAAAAAGAGAAAAUUUCCCGGGCUAGAGAUAUAUUUUUUCAUAGUGGUGCAAAGGUUAUGCUUUACUCAGAGAGAGCACACUUCUUUCGACGCACGCGAAUUAAAGGUGUGCGUCACUUGAUUAUGUAUCAGCCACCAAAUUUUCCAAAUUUUUAUUCAGAGAUAAUAAAUCUAAUGCUUGAAUCCAGCCAAAAUCCCAGGGAUGGCUUGCAAGAUGCAAUGAGCGUUAAGAUACUCUAUACGAAAUAUGAUUUAUUAAGCUUAAGUAAUAUUGUGGGCAAUGAAAACGCUCUAAAAUUGAGCACAGCUGCCAAUAGUUCUUAUAUGUUUUCAAAUAGUUUAUAAGUUACAAAAUACGAAUUUUGUGUUAUUUAAAGACAUUAAAUUUGU